AUGAAAUCUUCUAAAAUCACAACCACUUCAACAUCAAUAAAUAAAAUUAAACCACUUCCACCAAAUAAAUCAAAAUCAAUAGCAAAUAAAAGUAGAAUCAAAAAAAUUGAUAUUGAUUUAGAUAGCGAAGAAGAGUCUGAAGAAGAAAUUAUAAGUGCUAAAAAGAAAUCAUCAACAACAACAACAACUAAAACAACUGCAAAAACUACAACAACUGCCACAAAAACCAAUCUUAAAGACAACCAAACUAAAGGAUCGUUUGAUAAGCUUACAAAAAAAACCAGUGAUUUAUCAAUCUGCAAUGAUAGUGAAGAUGAAGAUGAAGAUGAAGAUGAAGAUAAUCACCAAAAAGUUAUACUCGACGAAUCUGACAGUGAUGAAAAGAAAAAAGUUGAAGUUAAGUCAUCUACUUUAAAAUCUAUUCAAACACCUGAGAGCGAAGAAGAAUCAGAAGAGGAAGAAGAAUCAGAAGAAGAAUCAGAAGAGGAAGUACCAAUUGUAAAUAAAAAAUCUUCAUUAUCAAAAAAAUCAAUAAUCUCUGAAAGUGAUGACGAAUUAUUGUUACAAACUGUAAAUAAAAAAUCAACAACUAAAGAAAAAACUUCAAAACCAACAACAACGACAACAACGACAACAACAAAAACAACAACUAAAGAUGAUACAACUGACACCGAGGAGGAAUACUCAGAAGAGGAUAUUAAACCAAUAAAAAAACCAGUUUCAAAGGUAACCAAAAAACAAAUUCAAGAAAGUGAAGGUUCAGAGGAGGAGAUAAGUGAUUCUGAAGAAGAUAUUAAACAAGAAGAAGAAAAAUCAGAGUCUUCUGAAGAAGAUAUUAAACCAAAAAGAUUAACUAGAUUAAGAAAACCAAUAACAACAACCUUAAAUACUACAACUAAAAAGAAACCAACAUUAAUUUUAUCAGAGUCUGAAGAAGAGGAAGAAUCCGAUGGUUCAAUUUAUCAAGAAGAAUCUGAUGAUUACCAAGAAGAAGAAGAAGAAGAAGAAGAGGAAGAAGAAGAAGAGGAAGAAGAAGAAGAAGAAAAUAUUGAUCCAAGCAAAAUGGUUGAUCAAUUGAAUGGUUUUUUAAAGUAUAAAGAGAAAUCAAUAUAUAUAAAUUCAACAAAAUCUAAAGAAGGUAAAUAUUUUAAGAUGAAGGAUAAAAUUUAUGAUGGUUUAUAUUGGUAUCAAAGAGAUGGUGUCAAUUGGUUAUGGAAUUUGUUUUGUAGACAUGCUGGUGGUAUUUUAGGUGAUGAUAUGGGUUUAGGUAAAACAAUGCAAAUUUGUUCCUUUUUAAAUAGUAUGCACAGUCAAGGACAUAUUAGUCACACUCUUUUGGUGAUGCCAGUUGGUUUGAUUGAACAUUGGUUAAAAGAAUUUAACCGUUUCAAUCCAAAAUAUUUGGUUAGAGUAUUCCAUGGUAACAAUACUAUCGAGAGAAACAAAUCAUUAAAGCGGGUAAUGAAUGAAGGUGGUAUCAUCAUCACUACCUAUGGUAUGGUAGUUAGUAAUGUUGAUUCAAUGAUUGAAAAUGGCAGAAAGUCAUUUAUAUGGGAUUAUGUUAUUUUGGAUGAAGGUCACAAAAUUAAGGAGACCAAAACUCAAAUCAGUAAAACUAUGCAUAGAUUCAAUGCAAAACACAAGAUUAUUUUGACAGGUACAGCAAUUCAAAACAAUCUUCGUGAAUUAUGGGCACUCUUUGAUUGGGUAUGUGGUAGUACUUUAUUGGGUUCAGUUCGUAAUUUCACUGCUAAUUUCUCAAAACCAAUUAUAAAAGCUCAUACUAGUGAUAGUUCUCAAGAUCAAAAGAUUACUGGUUCUGCAAUCGCUGAAGAUUUAAGAAAUAUUAUUGCACCUCAUUUUUUAAGAAGAGAAAAGAAAGAUGUUUUUAAACAAAAUGAUCAACCAUCAAAUAACAAUAACAAUAACAAUAACAAUAACAAUAACAAUAACAAUAACAAUAACAAUAACAAUAACAAUAACAAUAAUAAAAAUAAUGAUAGUAUUACUAUUGGUGAAGAACAAAAUAAUCAAGAAAAUGAAGAAGAGGAAGAAGUUGAAGUUUCAGAAGAUAAAAGUGGUAAUAAAAUAGCUACACCAAAGAAAUUGGUUAAAAAGAGAAUGUCAAUGGUUGGUGGUGGUAUUAAAACUCGUAAAAAUGAUUUUGUAGUUUGGACCAAAUUGGCCGAUAGUCAAAUCGAAUUGUACAGGACAUUCCUUGAAUCUGAUGAGGUUAAAGAUGCAUUGAAUAAAACUCAAUCACCUUUGGCAGCACUUACAGUUUUGAAAAAGAUUUGUGAUCAUCCACAUCUUCUUCGUGAAGAGAUGAAAAUGAUUUCUUUGGAUGAGAUGAAAGAUCUCUUAUCAAAGGUUGGUGGUAGUAGUAGAUCAAUCAAUUCUUUGGUUAAUAAUAGUGGCAAAUUUCAAUUACUUUUAAAACUUCUUCCAAACCUUCAUCAAGAUGGUCAUAGAGUAUUAAUGUUUAGUCAAUCGGUAAAGAUGUUGGAAGAUUUCGAAAUCUUAUUGGAUCAUUUAGGUUUAACUUAUCUUAGAAUUGAUGGUUCAAUUAGUUCAACAAAGAAGAGACAAGAAAUUAUUGACCUCUACAAUACCGAUAUGAGUUACUUUGCCUUCAUUAUGACAAUUCAAGUUGGUGCUCUUGGUUUAAAUUUAACAUCAGCCGAUAGAGUUUUAAUUCUUGACCCUUCUUGGAAUACAAUUGAUAAUCAAGCAGUUGAUAGAGCUUAUAGAAUUGGUCAAAAGAAAGAUGUUGUAGUUUAUAGAUUAAUGUCUUGUGGUACAAUUGAAGAAAAAAUUUAUAGAAAACAAGUUUUUAAAGGUUCAUUAAUGAAAACAAUGUUAAAUAAUACAAUGUCUGGUCAACAUAGAUACUUUAGUUCUAAUGAUCUUAGAGAAAUGUUUACUUUGGAUGAUACUAAUAUUUCUGUAACACAACAACAACUUGAAACACUUCACUCAAAAAAUAGAAAAACUAGUCCAGAAUUGGAUGAACAUUUAAAAUUUUUACUCGGUUUAGGUAUGGUUUUUGGUGUUAGUGAUCAUGAUUUAUUAUUUUCAGAGGCUGUUACAACUGACCAUAGUAAAGAGGAUUUGGAAAGAAUUAAAAAUGGUACAUAUGAAUCAAAAACAAACACAUCAACUUCUCACCUUGAAAAAGCUAGACCAAAUAAAAAGAAAGCAAUCACCUUUUCAAGUAACACUCCAAAUAAAUCUCAAAUUAGAGGAAGACAAUAUGUAACAAUAACAGAUGAUUAUGGACAUGAGGAAGAGGAUUUGGAAGAAAAUGAAUAUCCAGAUAUCGAAUUUCAUUCAAAUAGAACAUUUGACUAUGAUACUGGUAGUUUUAUUAUAAAUCCAAAAUUUAAUAGACAUCAACAACAUAGCACAAUGUCACCAGCUCCUAAACCAACUAAAACUUUAUUAAAAGAUGUUGGGUUAGGUUCAAAGAGAAAAGGAAAUGAACCAAUUGAAAUUUUAGAUGAUGGGAAUAAUAGUCAUUAUCAAUAUAAUCAAAAACAACAAUCAAUCGCUAUUGAUUUGGAUGAUAGUUUUGACAGUAAUAUCAAAUCACCUUCUAAAUUUAAUAGUAGUGUUAAUAAUAGUGUUAAUAAUUCAAUUGUUAUUGAUCUUGAUAGUGAUGAAGAAAAAGAAAAUCAAGAUUUCAAUCAAUCAUCUGUUUUAUCAACAACAACAGCAAGUACUCCAUCAAUGCCUAAUAUUCAAAAAGCAACCGAGAUUAGAGGUAAUAAAGAUGAUUCAUUAGAAACUAUUCGUAAACAAAAAAAUUUCAAUUUUUUGGUUAAUCGUGCCAAAGAAUCUGAAUUAAAAGGUAAUAAAACAGAAUCAUUACAUUAUAUUUUAGAUGCUGAAGAAUUUGCAAGAAAUAAUAAUUUGAGUGAAGCACUCAUUCAAAAUGAUGAAGUAUUUAAACAUUUAGUAAAAAGAAAGUUUAAAGAAAUUGUUCCACCUCCAAACUAA